UGCGGCUGGCAAAGCGGGUUUUCGGGAGUGGGCUAAGAUUGCAAAUUGAAAUAAUUUCAGUGAAGGAUUCGAUGAAUUAGAUUAUUUCAGUACAGUUCCCCAAACAUUGGAUUGGAUUCAUCGGACCCUGCAUUUGCUAUAAAUACCCAUUCUUCUUCUUCGUUGGAAUCACAGUCCUAUCUAGCUUUUGGGGCUGUGAUUCCUGCAUUUGCUAUAAUUAUCCAAAUCUCGUUGCUUGGAAUUACAGUCCAAGGCUAGCUCUGCUGGGACUGCGAUUUUAUUUUUUCCUUUUGUUCUGAACGUAGAUUAGAUUUUCAGUCCCUUGUCCUCCUUCUCCAUAAGAGGGUGCUUCAAUUUUUUUGAUUUUGUUUGUUGGAGAAGAUGACUGUGGGAGCUGGGAUUUCUGUGGCCGAUGCCAACUUGAUGGUGUUGGGGAAGAAGGUCCUCUCUCAGGUUCCCCCAAAUGUUGUCGUCACUCCCUCCUCUUCAAUCCUCAAUGGGGCUUUCAUUGGAGUCGAUUCUGAUCGCAAGGGCAGCCGAAGAGUGUUCCCCGUUGGAAAACUACAGGGGUUGCGCUUUAUGUGUGUAUUCCGCUUCAAAAUGUGGUGGAUGACACAGCGAAUUGGUAACUGUGGGCAAGAUAUUCCUUUUGAAACACAGUUCUUACUUGUGGAAGCGCACAAGAGUUCUGAUCUUGAUGGGAUCAGAAACGGAGAAGAAGACACUUAUGCUGUUUUCUUGCCUCUUCUGGAAGGAGAUUUCAGAGCUGUUCUUCAAGGAAAUGAGCAAGACGAGAUAGAGAUCUGUGUGGAAAGUGGAUGUCCUGAUGUUGAGGAAUUUGAUGGGACUCAUCUGGUAUUCGUUGGAGCAGGAUCAGACCCUUUUGAAGUCAUUACAAAUGCGGUCAAGGCUGUUGAGAAUCACUUGAAAACAUUCUCUCACCGUGAGAGGAAGAAGAUGCCAGAUAUCUUGAAUUGGUUUGGUUGGUGUACAUGGGACGCUUUCUAUACCAAAGUUGAUUCAGAAGGAGUAAAGCAAGGAUUGCAAAGCUUAGAGAAAGGUGGGGUUCCUGCUAAGUUUGUUAUAAUUGAUGAUGGAUGGCAAUCUGUUGGUAUGGACCCUAACGCCAGUGAAUGGAAAUCUGAUUUUUCUGCCAAUUUUGCAAAUCGCCUAACACAUAUCAGAGAGAAUCACAAGUUUCAGAAGGGUGGCAAAGACGGUUAUAGAGAAGAGGAUCCUACUCUGGGUUUUCGUCAUAUCUCCAAAGACAUUAAAGAGCAGCAUGACAUUAAGUACAUUUAUGUGUGGCAUGCUAUAACAGGAUACUGGGGUGGUGUUAAACCUGGGGUUACUGGAAUGGAGCACUAUGAGUCAAAAAUGGCCUACCCUGUAUCAUCUCCUGGGGUUGAAUCUAAUCAACCUGAUGAAGCUCUAACAACCAUUACCAUGAAUGGGCUUGGCCUUGUGAAUCCUGAGAAAGUUUUUCACUUUUAUAAUGAGCUCCACUCAUAUCUUGCAUCUGCCGGUAUUGAUGGUGUCAAAGUUGAUGUUCAGAAUAUCCUUGAAACCCUUGGGGCAGGCCAUGGUGGUAGGGUCAAACUUGCAAGAAAAUACCACCAGGCUUUAGAGGCAUCCAUCACGAGGAACUUCCCUGAUAAUGGCAUUAUUUGUUGCAUGAGUCACAAUACUGAUGGAUUGUACAGUGGAAAGCGAUCAGCAGUAGUUAGGGCAUCAGAUGAUUUUUGGCCAAGAGAUCCGGCAUCCCACACAAUUCACAUUGCAUCAGUUGCUUACAACACCGUCUUCCUCGGUGAAUUUAUGCAGCCAGAUUGGGAUAUGUUUCAUAGCCUACAUCCAAUGGCUGAAUAUCAUGGAGCAGCACGAGCAAUAGGAGGAUGUCCUAUUUAUGUCAGUGACAAACCUGGACACCACGACUUCAAUCUUCUAAGAAAACUUGCACUGCCUGAUGGUUCUAUAUUGAGGGCUAAACUCCCAGGAAGACCAACAAAAGAUUGUUUAUUUUCUGAUCCUGCUAGAGAUGGAAAGAGCCUUCUGAAGAUAUGGAACCUGAAUGAUUUCUCUGGAGUGGUUGGGGUGUUCAAUUGUCAAGGAGCGGGAUGGUGCAAAGUUGGAAAGAAAAACCUUAUCCAUGAUGAGAGUCCGGAAACAAUCACUGGCGUCAUUAGGGCUAAGGAUGUUGGCUAUCUAUCUAAGGUUGCUGAUGAGAAAUGGAAUGGGGACACCGUUAUAUUUUCCCAUGUUGGUGGAGAGGUUACUUACCUUCCAAAGGAUGCAUCUGUUCCUAUUACAUUGAAAUCCAAAGAAUUUGAAGUCUUCACAGUAGUUCCUGUUAAUGAAGUUAAUGAUGGUAUCAAAUUUGCUCCUAUUGGUUUGAUGAAGAUGUUCAAUUCUGGAGGAGCCAUCAAGGAAUUCAAUUGUAUAUCUAAUGGAACUACAAGUGUUAUCAUGAAAGCACGAGGCUGUGGUUUAUUUGGAGCUUAUUCAUCGGCUCUACCUAAGACUGUGACAGUGGAUUCAGAGGAGGUUGAGUUCAGAUAUGAGGAAGCAUCCGGGCUGGUAACUAUUGAUUUGAGAGUCCCAGAGAAAGAGUUGUACCAGUGGAACAUAUCUAUCAACUACUGAUGACUGAUAUGUGAAUCUCAUAUUUUUUGGGGACCACACCAGUUUGGAUGUUAGCAUCAUCACGUCUGACAGAAACAUAAUUUAGACCAAAAAAAAAAAAUUGAAGAGUGUGUCAUGAGUCCCCCAGAUUAGGAAACAGAAGGCUUUUCUAAUUUCCUGUGAUAUAUCUGCUCAUCUGCAGAUAACCAAGAAAGAAAACUACGGAGGUUAGGAAGCUUUCUAGCUUUCUUUUUUGGGUAAUAUAUUUAUGUAUUGGAGGAAGGCUUAGAAAGGGCUAUAUUUGAAUGGCUCUUGGAGUUGAAACCUCCUGGAGGAAGAGUGUAAUCCUAUAUCUGCAAUAAUGCCCACUCCGGGCAAUUCCAAAUAUAAAAGCUUGAUCUAUAAAAACAAGUAGCUGUAGAACAUGAAGGCCAAUUUAUGGCACGUCUUGAAAUAGUUAUAGUCAAACUUAUUUUGACUCUAAAUGUAUCAUACUUAUUUGAAAUAUUUUGACCAGGUCAAGUUAUAGUUAAAA